AUGGAGGAAGAGGAAUGGGACACCUGGACCUCUCCAGUGGAGUUCUUCCUGCUGGGACUGGGUAAUGUCCCCAAGCUUCAGAUGCCUCUCUUCCUCCUCUCUCUCAUGAUCUACAUGGUGACCAUGUUUGGGAACAUCCUCAUUGUUGUGCUAGUGGUGGCAGACAGGCAUCUUCAUACCCCCAUGUACUUCCUCUUGGGGAAUUUCUCCAGUGUGGAAAUCUUCUACACCUCCACCAUCCUGCCCAGGCUGCUGGCCAGCUUCCUAACUGGGGACAGAACCAUUUCUGUUCAUGGCUGCAUGACACAGUUCUAUUUCUUUGGCUGUUUUGCAGCUACUGAGUGUUACCUGCUGGCCACCCUGUCCUACGAUCGGUACUUGGCCAUAUGUCAACCCCUGCUCUAUGCAAGCCUCAUGAACUGGAAGGUGUGUCUCCAGCUGGCAGCUGGGUCUUGGCUAGCAGGAUUGCUAAUGUCUACAGUAGUCACAUGGUUAUUUUCUCAGUUACAGUUCUGUGGUCCCAAUGCAAUUGAUCACUUCUUCUGUGAUUUUACCCCUUUGCUAGAGCUUUCCUGCAGUGACACCACAGUGCUUACACUGGUUACUUUCAUAAUCUGCUUUCUGGAUGUAGUUUUCCCUUUUCUAUUCACUCUGGCAUCCUAUGUCUGCAUCAUAGUUGCUAUUCUGAGGAUCCCAACCAGCAUGGGGAGGCAGAAGGCUUUCUCCACCUGCUCCUCUCACCUCAGUGUGGUCACUGUUUUCUAUGGUACCCUCAUCAUUGUCAAUAUGAUGCCCAGACCAGACCCACUGAGACAACUCAAUAAAAUGCUAUUGUUUUUCUACACAAUCCUCACGCCCAUGGUCAAUCCACUCAUCUACAGCCUGCGGAACAGGGAGGUCAAGGGGGCUCUUGGAAACACACUCAGGAAAACCAUGGCCUAA